CGGCAUAUCGGCUGCGUCCGAUGUGUCCACCUCUGUCCCUAACCUCAACUUUUUCUUUUCUGCCACCACGUUUUCGCGGGAGAACGCGUUCGUGUAACUUUGUGUUUGCAAACAAAUCCAGAAUGUUUAUGCCAAAGGCCCAUCGCGUUGCGAUCUACGAGUACCUCUUCAAGGAGGGCGUGAUCGUGGCCAAGAAGGACUUCCAUGCCCAGAAGCACCCGGAGCUGGAGUCGAUCCCCAAUCUGCACGUGAUCAAGGCCCUCCAAUCGCUGCAUUCCCGCGGCCUUGUGAAGGAGCAGUUCGCCUGGCGCCACUACUACUGGUACCUCACCAACGAGGGCAUCGAGGAGCUGCGCAGCUACCUCCACCUGCCCCCCGAGAUCGUUCCCUCGACCCUGAAGCGCCCUGCCCGCUCGGAGACAGUGCGUCCCCGUCCCGCCGCCGGCGGUCCACGCGGACCCGGCGACGCCUCCAAGACCGGCGAGGAUCGCUCCGCCUACCGACGUGCUCCCGGCGGCAGCGGCGUGGACAAGAAGGGCGACGUUGGGCCCGGCGCCGGCGAGGUCGAGUUCCGCGGCGGCUUCGGACGCGGAUCCCGCAACUAAACACCACACCAUGCGCUUCGGUUUCUUUUUUUUCUUAUGUAUAAAAAUCAAACUCAGUAAAGGAAAUGUUGAACUGAAGAUCCAAAAUCCCUCAACAACAACAUAAAAAACGAAAAAUGUGUGUGUGUUUUAUAUGAUAUGACGAUUUGAUUAAAAAGCAAACGCAAGUGAAAA